AAAUUGACGACUGUCUGUCACUGUCUUCAACUCUUCAUGUGUUUAUCAUUUUAUUUUGUUGUGUUUAUAGUAAAAACUUUAUUAGAACCGAUAUUUUAACAUAAAACACAAUGGAAGAAAAGAAGGAAGAACCGCCGCCACCACCUCUUAAGCGUUACAGACGCGAGGAGAAGUCGUCCGAAUCGGAGGAAGACCUCGAAAACUACGUCCCGUACGUUCCACUCAUAGAACGGAAGAAGCAGCAGCUGAUUAAGCUCGGGCGGCUGACGCAGCUGGCGACGGAGGCGUCCGCCGAGGCCAAGAGCUCCAGCGACAACGACCCGGACGACGACGCGUCACAGGAGGAGUGGGGCCGCAAGUAUAAUGUGUCGCUGUUGGAGCAGCACGGCGAGUUGAAGCGGCUGGCGGAGGCGCGCGCGCUGUCCGCGGCCGAGCGCCAGGCGCGCGAGGAGCAGCACAUCCUCGAGAGCGUCGCGCAGAACAAAGCCCUCAUGGGGGUAGCUGAGUUAGCCAAAGGUAUCCAGUAUGAAGAUCCUAUUAAGACUUCCUGGAGAGCCCCGCGGUGCAUCCUCGCGCUGCCCCCCGAGAGACACGACCAAGUGAGAGAUAAACUCAAGAUACUAGUCGAGGGUGAAGAUGUACCACCUCCCUUGAAGACCUUUGAGCACAUGAAGCUACCAAAAGGCAUCAUUAGAGGACUAGAAGCUAAGGGCAUAAAGAAACCUACUCCUAUUCAAGUGCAAGGCAUACCUACAGUACUGAGUGGAAGGGAUAUGAUUGGUAUUGCAUUCACUGGGUCCGGAAAGACUCUUGUAUUCACAUUGCCAUUGCUGUGCUUCUGUCUGCAUCAAGAGAUCAAGCUGCCUUUCAUUAACAAUGAGGGACCUUAUGGUUUAAUCAUAUGUCCAUCAAGAGAAUUGGCAAAGCAGACUUAUGAAAUUAUUCAACAUUUUGUUAAGCAUCUUAAGAUGUGCGGGAUGCCUGAGAUCAGGAGUUGUCUGGCUAUAGGCGGGGUACCGGUGUCAGAGUGCAUGGAGACAGUGCAGCGCGGGGUGCACAUCAUGGUGGCCACCCCCGGCAGGCUCAUGGACAUGCUCGACAAGAAAAUGGUCCGCCUCAGCGUGUGCAGAUACCUCUGCAUGGAUGAGGCUGACCGAAUGAUAGACAUGGGCUUUGAAGAAGAUGUGAGGACAAUAUUCUCUUACUUCACGGGGCAACGGCAAACUCUACUGUUCAGUGCUACUAUGCCAAAGAAGAUUCAGGUGUUUGCCCGAUCAGCUUUAGUCAAACCAGUCACAGUGAAUGUGGGACGAGCUGGAGCGGCUUCUCUUAAUGUGAGACAAGAGUUGGAGCCUGUCAAAGCUGAAGCCAGGACUGUCCAUCUACUCCAAUGUCUACAAAAGACUCCUCCACCUGUCCUGGUGUUUGCUGAGAGGAAGCAGGAUGUUGAUGCUGUCCAUGAAUACUUGCUCCUCAAGGGAGUAGAAGCAGUAGCUAUACACGGUGGUAAAGACCAAGAGGAGAGAUCACGGGCUGUAGAUGCCUUCAGAAAGGGAGAGAAAGAUGUGCUUGUAGCCACAGAUGUUGCCAGCAAAGGUCUGGACUUUCCAAACAUUCAGCAUGUGAUCAACUACGACAUGCCAGAGGAUAUAGAAAAUUAUGUGCACAGGAUCGGAAGGACAGGGCGAGCUGGUGGCGAGGGCGUGGCGACCACGCUGCUGGGCCGCGCCGCCGACGACAGUGUGCUCAGAGACCUAGCUCACUUGCUGAGAGAGGCCAAACAGAAGGUGCCGGAGUUCCUCCUAGACAUGAUUGGAGAGCCAGACGUGCCGGUGGCCGACGGGCAGGGCUGCUCGUACUGUGGUGGUCUCGGACACAGGAUCACUGAAUGUCCUAAGCUCGAGGCUGUGCAAAACAAGCAAGCAUCGAAUAUUGGAAGAAAAGAUUAUUUGGCGAAUACUGCUGCUGACUAUUAAGAUUAUUGUUGAUAUGAAAUAAACAUGUAAUUUAAGAUAGGUAUAAGUUUGAUACUGAAUAAAAAUAUUUCGUACAUAA